AUGUCUUUUGUUCCUGCUGAAAAAUUAUCAGUAAAUGAUCUGAACCAACAUGCUGUACAUGCUGAUUACGCCGUGAGAGGCUCUAUCCCAAUGAGGGCUGAACAGUUACAUGCUCAAAUUAUAAAUGAUCCAGGCUCUUUACCAUUCGAUAAGAUCAUUACUGCUAAUAUUGGAAAUCCACAGCAAGUGGGCCAAAAACCUUUGACUUUUAUAAGACAAGUACUAUCCAUCUUAGAGUAUCCAAAUAUACUGAAUGAUCCUGAAUUAUUAGAAAAACUUGUCCAAUUGGGUGUUUACCAAAGAGAUGUUAUUGAACGUGCGAGAAAAAUGUUAGAUUCAAUCGGUGGAUCUGUGGGUGCCUACUCUGCUUCACAAGGUGUAUUAGGAUUUAGACAAACUGUUGCAGAUUUUAUCAAUAAAAGAGAUGGUUGUAAACAGUUGGCAAGCCCAAAUGAUAUUUUUUUAACUGGUGGUGCUUCUUCAGCAGUACACUAUUUAUUAUCAAUAUUAUGCAGUGGUCCUGAAUUUGGUGUUUUAAUCCCUAUCCCACAAUAUCCUUUGUAUACAGCUACUUUGACUUUAAGUAAUUCAACUGCAAUCCCUUAUUAUCUAAAAGAACAUACUAGUUGGUCCACAAAUACAAAAGAAAUUGAAAUUAAUAUAAAGGAAUCAAUGGCAAACGGUGUUAAACCAGUUGCAAUCGUUAUAAUUAACCCUGGAAAUCCAACUGGUGCUAUUUUAUCAGAAUCAGACUUAGCUGAUAUUAUCAGAAUAUCGGCUAAAUAUGGUAUAGCUAUUAUUGCAGAUGAAGUUUACCAAGAAAAUAUAUUCCCAGGUUUUGAAUUCCAUUCAAUGAGAAAAGUUUUAUUAAAUUUGCAAUCAGAAUUCCCUGGUACCUAUGAUAAUGUACAGUUAGCCUCUCUACAUUCAACAUCAAAGGGUUUUAUCGGGGAAUGUGGUCAAAGAGGUGGUUACAUGGAAUUAAUAGGGUUCAAAGAUGAAGUUAUCGCUAUCGUGUUGAAAUUAGCCUCCAUAUCUAUUUGUUCCGUUGUUACAGGCCAAGCAUUAAUGGAUUUAGUAACAUGUCCACCUCAGCCUGGUGAUGCUUCUUACAAGUUGGAUCAAGAAGAAAGAAAUAAAAUAAAACAAGAUUUAAUGUUUAGAGCAGAUAGAUUAUACGGAUUAUUCACAUCAUUAGAAGGUGUAGAAUGCCAAAGACCACAGGGUGCUAUGUACCUUUUCCCAAAAUUAAUAUUGCCAGAUAAAGCUAUAGAGAAAGCCUUACAAUUAGAAAUACCACCAGAUGAAUACUAUUGUAGGGAACUUCUAGAUGCAACUGGUAUAUGUACUGUACCGGGAUCUGGAUUUGGUCAAGAUCCAGGUACUUAUCACUUGAGAACUACCUUUUUAGUCCCUGGAACUGAAUGGAUAGAAAGAUGGAGAGAAUUCCACCAACAAUUUUAUGAGAGAUUUAGUUAG